GACAAAAGCAAGGGGCCUCAUCUUGCCGGCUGUUGCGCCUCGUCACGUCUUCAGGGGGCGCAUUUCUCCUGCGUCGCCACAAUUCCCGUCCUCGCGUCCCGGCCGCGCGAAACAUAAAGUGCAAACGAGCUGCCCGAGGUUUUGGGCGCCGCUGUUCGCUCUUCGCGCCCCCAGUCACCCUGUCUAUCCUUGUAAAGAUCGGACGGGCCUGUCGACAAGGUUGCCUCCACCACCACCACCAUCUCCCGCCGGAAUCCUCGCGCAUUUGGAUGGAAUGGGUUCCUCUCUCGCCUCAGUAGGGACCAGGAGGCUGGCUGUCUACCCCCUCGUCUUUAUUAGCUCCGUGCUCGCCUACUUCUACUUGUUUUCCACACCUGAUUAUCCACAACCGCACAGUGUCCAGCCGGCCGACUUUCCCGAGUUUUCGUCGCACGCCUACGUCGAGGUCAGGUACGAGGAGGAGAACCCGGCGAUUUGGCCGUACUUGGUAUACAAAAGCUCGCCCUUCAACCCGCCGUCUUUCUUGACCUCGACAAAUGGAUAUCCCAUUGCCGAUGGCUAUCUGCUCUUCACACCCGGGAAUCACAAGGAGCUGAAGGGGGCGAAACAAACCCUGCCCAUCAUAAUGACCACCGACAACGACCUUGUCUACUGCUAUGAGCACAAUGACAUCCGCGCCGAGGAUUUCCGCGUCCAGAAGAUCCUUGGCAAACCUCACUUGACUGGAUGGCAAAGCAGUUCCAAGGCAGGCCAGGGCCAUGGGGAAUGGUUCGUUCUGGACCAUCAGUACGCCAAGACUACGUAUCGGUUGGACGAAAGCCUCAACGUCACAACCACGGACCUGCCAGAGCCCACCGCCACUCCCCGCUUCAUCGAUCCUCGCGAGCAUGAAGUCACCCCGCAAGGAACGCUCUUGGUUACCGCUUACAACAAUACGCCUUGCGACCUGUCGGGAAUGGGUGGUCCCAAGGAUGGUUGGGUCAUGGACAGCAUUGUCUAUGAGAUCGAUCUCGUGACUAGGGAUGUCGUUUCUUCGUGGAGCGCCCUUGGGCAUCUGGACGUCACCAAAUCCAGGCUAGGAUGGCCCACGCAUACCAGCGAUGGCUCCCAGAAGAACCCGUACGACUUUUUCCACAUCAACUCCGUCCAGGCCGUGGGAAUGAACUACCUCCUCAUCAGCAGCCGCCAUUACUGGGCCUGCUACCUGAUUGACAGGAAAAAUGGCGAUAUUAUUUGGACACUGGACGGUAGCGGGGAGAAAGGGGGCGGUAGCUUUGGCCCAUUACCGCCGAAGGGCCAGUUUCGCUGGCAGCACGAUGCACGGAUAUACAACGUGACAGACAAAUCCUUCGAGAUCAGUGUCUUUGACAACCACAACGCGCAUAAUCUAGUCAAUGAGGGAUCGAGCGGCCCUAUCCGGCUGAGCGCGACGAUCCCUCCCAACCCAUCGGUCCCCCCCGUCGUCCUCAUCAACAUCCCGCCUCUCGAGCUCAUAGAUUCCCAAAGUCAGGGCAGCUACGAUGCGGCGCUGAGCAACGGCAACCAGCUGGUGGGCUACGGCGACUUCCCUUUGCUCCGCGAGUACGGCCCGGGCAACGACAAAAACGACAUCCGCUGGGAGGGCCGGUUUGGAUACGAAGGGGCCGUGAACAGCUACCGAGUCUUCAAAUCCGACUGGAAGGGGACCCCGAGGCAAUGGCCCCCGUCGCUGGUGUACGAGAAGGAAGGCCAUCACAUGAAGGCGUACGUGAGCUGGAACGGGGCCACAGAGGUCGAGUUUUGGAGGUUGUACCAGGUAGAGAUUGGCGUGAGGUUGACGCCUCUGGGUUACGCGAACAGGACCGGUUUCGAGACGGUCAUUGAUAUCCCCAGCCGCUUCAACGAGACCAUGUGUAUCGUAGCGGCUGCCAUGCAGAACGGCGAGGAAAUCCGGUUGUCAAAUAGGGCGUGUUAUGGGGGAUACGAUCAAGCAGCGCAUCAAUGAGCGCACUAAAAUAAUCUUUUGGUCUUGGCCGCGUGGUUAAUGGAGUUAUAUAGACUGUAUUUUAUACGGGGAUGAAACAUUAAUGAUUCAAUUCUCUAAUUACUCAGA